AUGAAGCUCAAAGUUAGGUUAAGACAGCGACACUUUCGUUGCAUCGGCCUACCAUUUCUCCUGCUGCUCUUAACACGUUUUAAAUAUGCAGAAACCUGCUCAAACGAAUCCUUUCCCACGCAGUUUGUGAAAGUUAAAUUCACCACUCAAGUUGUCAAGAACGAAUACAUAGUGGCUUUCAAUGCCUACUACAAGUCCCAGGCAAGAGAGAAGUUCAUUGCAGCAGCCCUGAAUGGGCUCGACGACAGACACUGGAAGAUAAUUGCCAGAAAUAAUCCAGCCAGUGAUUACCCCAGCGAUUUUGAUGUGGUUACCCUCGAGGAAGCUGAGAACAGUCAAGAUGGCUUGGAUGCCCUACGAUUACAUCCAGCGAUACGCAGAGUUACUCCUCAGAGAAUGGUCCAUAGAUCCUUACACUUUGAAAAUGAGACUGAUUUUCUGGGUGAUGCUGACAAUUCCACCAAUACAGAGAGCUUUGAAAGAUGGCAAUCCUCAAGACCUAUGAAGCGGUUAAGUUUAGCCGUGAACAAGCAGUUUUGGCAGUCUACUGGAAGGCAUACCAGCCGACGUCUUCUUCGUGCCAUUCCUCGACAAGUUACAGCUAUCCUUCAGGCUGAUGCAUUGUGGCACAUGGGAAUCACAGGUGCUGGUGUGAAAGUAGCAGUUUUUGAUACUGGACUGGCCAAAACGCACCCUCAUUUCAAGCGGAUCAAAGAACGCACAAACUGGACUAGUGAAAAGACUUUGGAUGAUGGGUUGGGUCAUGGAACCUUCGUUGCAGGAGUCAUAGCAUCUCAUCGAGAAUGCUUGGGCCUUGCUCCUGACGCUGAGCUCCAUGUUUUCAGAGUCUUUACCAAUAAUCAGGUGUCAUAUACUUCAUGGUUUUUAGACGCAUUCAACUAUGCUAUUUUGAAACGCAUUGGGGUUUUGAAUCUAAGCAUUGGAGGCCCAGAUUUCAUGGACCAUCCCUUUGUCGAUAAAGUUUGGGAACUCACAGCCAACAAAGUCAUAAUGGUAUCUGCAAUAGGAAAUGAUGGACCUCUUUAUGGAACCCUGAAUAACCCAGCAGAUCAAAUGGAUGUUAUUGGUGUUGGUGGCAUAAAUUUUGAAGAUCAAAUUGCCAAAUUCUCCUCUCGAGGAAUGACCACGUGGGAAUUGCCGCAAGGAUAUGGCAGAGUCAAGCCUGAUAUUGUGACUUACGGCGCUGCUGUUAGAGGAUCAGCCAUUAUGGGAGGAUGCCGUACACUUUCUGGAACAAGCGUUGCUUCCCCUGUUGUGGCUGGAGCAGUUGCACUGUUGGCAAGUGGUGUCCUACAUAGAGGUAAUAUUUUAAACCCAGCAAGUAUGAAGCAGGCCCUCCUUGCCUCAGCCCGACGACUGCCUGGGGUCAAUAUGUUUGAGCAAGGGCAUGGCAAGCUUGAUCUUUUACGUGCCUAUCAAGUACUUAACUCAUACCAACCACAAGCCAGCCUUAGUCCAAGCUAUAUUGAUCUUAGUGAAUGUCAGUACAUGUGGCCAUAUUGCAGUCAGCCUCUUUACUAUGGUGCCCUACCCACUAUAGUAAAUGUAACCAUUUUAAAUGGUCUUGGUGUAUCUGGGAAAGUGGUCAAUAAGCCAGCCUGGCAUCCAUACACUCCUCAGUUUGGCCACAAUAUUGAUGUAGCAUUUACACAUUCUGAAGUCCUUUGGCCAUGGUCUGGAUGGCUCGCAGUGAGCAUUGCUGUUACCAGAGCUGCCUCAAAUUGGGAAGGUAUGGCUCAGGGCCAUGUGGAAUUAACUAUUGAGUCUCCUCCAGAAGAUGGAGAGACUGAGCCAAGGCGCUCAACGGUUCGCUUGGCAAUAAAGGCUAAAAUAAUUCCUACACCACCCCGACACAAGCGCAUUCUUUGGGAUCAAUACCACAAUUUACGUUAUCCUCCUGGCUACUUUCCUCGUGACAACUUGCGAAUGAAGAGUGAUCCACUGGAUUGGAAUGGAGAUCAUAUUCACACGAACUUUAAAGACAUGUACCAACAUCUCCGGAAUGGUGGAUAUUACAUCGAAGUCCUAGGUUCUCCAUUGAGCUGCCUUGACGCCUCACAAUAUGGAACGCUACUGAUUGUAGACCCUGAGGAAGAAUACUUCCCAGAAGAAGUUGCCAAAUUGAAAAGAGAUGUUGAUGCUGGUUUAUCAUUAGUGGUAUUUGCUGAUUGGUACAAUGUAUCAGUUAUGAGAAAGGUUAAAUUUUAUGAUGAAAACACUCGCCAAUGGUGGAUGCCCGACACGGGAGGAGCCAAUGUCCCUGCUCUAAAUGACCUGCUUUCGCCCUGGGGCAUAGCACUCAGUGAUAGUGUGCAUGAAGGUUCUUUUAACCUUGGAGAACAUGAAAUGUACUAUGCCUCUGGGUCCAGUCUCCUUAAGUUUCCGGAAUCUGGAGUAGUUGUCUCACGCUCUUUGAAAGACCAAGGGCUAGAAAUUCUGGAUUCUGAUGCUGAUUCAGUUUCCAAGACUGUUCCUAUUUUAGGACUGCUGCAGAGCAGGCCCAAUGAAGUUGAAGGUGAUGAUGCCACAACAGAAAAGAUAUUUUCAUCUCCUAGUGGACGAGUUGUGGUUUAUGGUGACUCCAACUGUCUGGAUAAUAGUCAUUUGCAGAAAGAUUGUUUCUGGAUGUUGGAUGCUCUAUUAGAGUUCACCUCUACUGGUCAUAUGCCUUCCAUUUUCAAAGAUAAUAGUGCCAAAGUAACGUUUCCAUCAUCAGAUGAGCCACUACCUCAACGGAUGGAAGGAAACCACCUUUAUCGGUAUUCAAAGGUUAUUGAGAAUCACAUGGGAACCAUGCGGACAAGGGAAUUACCGGCAUGUCCACAUCUCGUUUGGGCAAAGCCUCAACCGCUAAACACCUCUGCUCCAUCAAACUUGUACAAAGCUCAGAAACUUCUGUCAGUUGGAGUGGAGGGUGAUUUGCCACUGUGGCGUGUUGCUCCUGGUGCUGCACAAGUAGAUGUUGACCGUGAUUUUGGUGGAGGAUUAGGUGUUGAUAUGAUGGACAGCCUUGCUGAAGAAGAGGGUAUUGCUCUGUUGGACUUAGCACCUGCCCUUCUUGUCAUAUCCUUGGCAGCAGCUGCAGUCCUCCUAGCAUGUCGAUGCUAUCGUUCAAGAACAAGACCACGAAGAAAGCGUGUAACACGACUUAGGCGUUUAAUGGCUGUGUUAAAUGCAGGGCGUGCGCCAACAGUGUGAUAUUGAAGUGUUAUUAUGAGUUUUCCUUAUUAUAAGAUAACAUACCACAUGAUGUUCCUCUGACGAACCACUUGGAUGCUUGCUAAAAGCACUUCAUUUAAAGAUACCAUCAGACUUAAGCUUUCUAGAUCUCAAAAAUUCCUCUUAAUUGUAUUAAAGAGGAUAAAUGUGAAGUAUCUACAUCAAUUUUUUAACCUCUCCAAAGAAUUUCUUUAUUUGGAAGUUGGCAGCAUAGCGUUCUGUGAUUGAAGCACUUUUAACUGUUGAACUUAUUGCUGAAAUGAGAGAACUCUCUCUCUAGUAUAAUUUUAAUUAACUGUGCAUCUUCUGUCUUUUCAUCAACCAAUCUACUGCGGAGCAAUAAUACAUUGUUAAAAAAUUGGUGCGACAAUUUGCUGCCGUAUAACUUAUUACUUUACAUCUUCCACUCGCGUGAGACAUGGCUAGAAAAGGACUCACUUCAUGUGUAAUAUGUACACAAAAUAUGUGAUAUAAUAAUAAUCAUAAUAAUAAUUAUAAUUAUAAAAAUGAUUGACAAUAAGUGAUACAUAAACUAUAGUGUAGCUACUUAGUGCAUGGUGAGAGUGACUGGGAAAUAUCAACAGCUUUGGAAAGAAUUUUUUUUUUUUUAAUGCCAGACAGUGGUAUGAAAUUUAUGGUAACCACACUCUAUGUCUUUCCUUGAAGCUUUUUACAGUUUUGAACCUCUGUAAAAUAUGGUUCUGUAUGUUUGACUUUAAGUCUUCCUACUACUUCAUUCUCUGUAAGGGAAUGUUGUAGUAAAGCAUAUUAAUUUUAAUUUGGAAGUUCAGUGCCCAUUUUUGCAAUAUGGUUUUUAUCAAUGUAUGGUGUUCUUGUCUUACUUCUAUGUCUGUAUUCUGGAUCUUACUCACUGUAUGUUCACUAUCAACUUACUUGAACUUGAGAUAAUUUUAGGAAAGUGUUAUGUAUGUUAUGAAUUCCAAGAGAUUUAUUUUUACUUGUAGUCAAGAUUGUAUAACUAAUGUCUUCCUUAUAGUAUAUGUUGUGUGUGUGUUUUUUUUUUUUCUCAUCACACUGGUGUGUUAAUACGUGUAUAACAUGUAACAGACUUCAUUUUUUCUCAUUGUUUACUUUACAUCUAUAGUUAUCAAUAUACAUGUACCUAGAUAGGUAUCAUCUCUGCUGUCACGUUUACUUCAUACCUUGUUUGCAAUGCAAAAUUUUUAUAUCUGACAGAUUGUGCGCUUGUUUGCGGUUUAUUAAUUUCUUUGUAUUGGAACUGAUUGUCAAGAAUGUUUCCUGUAUGUACUUACUUGCCUUUUCCUUUCUUCCUGGCCUAAUCAUUGUUGAUGUUAAUUUGUAGUUUGUUUAACCACCAUGAAGAGAUAUCUAGUGUAACUAGGUUUUGAUUUGACUACGACACUCAUGAAACUAUUCUAUUGAUUCUACUAAUGUAAAGCAUUUGAUGAGUCAUUUGUACACCAUUUUAUAAAAAUAUUAAGUUUAUUCUAGCGGCAAACAAUUUCAUACAAAACACACUUUUCAAUCAUUUUGAAACGAGUUCUGCCAUCAAAAAGUACCAUCCUUCUAAUAUUGAUAGUAAUAAUAAUUAUGAAUAUUUAACAUUUAUACUGCUCAAAGACUCAGACAUAAAAUAAAUUCCUCACGCACAAUCACACAACCAAUAAUGAUAAGUUAAAGUUACAAAAACUGUUCAAAUGCUACCCUGAACUUUGACCACCAAGUGGUAUUUAACAUUCGAUUUUGAUUAUGUAUCAGCAAAGUUUCUUGUUUUAAUUAAAUGGCAGAAGUUUAAAAAAAAAAUAAACUUGGAUUUUUUUUCCAGUUACAUCUACA